CGCGAUUUACUUCGGGUGCCGCUGCAUUGUUGUCAAUUCUGUAAUAAUACGACCCCGAGAAAGAGUAGUAACCGUCUGGAAAAGGACACCGAAGGCCUCCCAGUGCUCCUUUCCCUCGCAUAAUCGAAUGAAUCUCGGUUAGAGAACAAGCAGUGCAAGUGCGUUACUCCGAGUGCUGGAACAUUGCCUGAUUAUUUAGUACGUUACGCCAUUUUGUAGGAUACACUUGGACGCGCAUCGACAAACUGUCAAUUUCGAACGGGGUUGAACCAUUUUUUCAACCCUAUUCAAGUUAUUCCGCGAGUUUUUGAGAUUUCAUAGAAUUUAGACAAGUUUUUCCAAGUGAUUGCCAGUGCCAAGCAUCAGAACCUGUUUGUUGUGACAGAAAAAACAAAUGUGAAGUGUCAAAACGUGAAGCUUAUAGUUUUUUCAAGAUUUCGGAGCUGUUUUUUCAGUGUGCAACUGGAUUUUUCGAUAUUUUUGAGCAGAUUUAGGGAAAAACGGUGGUUUAAUUGAUCGAAAUGCUGUAGCACGUGUUUCUUGGAGGAUAUGAGGAUGUUUGAGAGAUCAACUACUCCCGACAGUUCUUAAAGGUUUUGGAAUUCUCGGCUGAAGCUGCUGCUGUCCUGAUUAAAUAAGGAACAUUCAAGAACAAAUAGAGAUGAGGACACCCGGAGCGGAAGCGGAGGUGAAUCGCUCCCACGACAGCUAUGGCUUCGAUUUUCAACCCAAGAUCAAGAGCACCGGAUCAACUUCCUCGUCGCCCAUGCCCUCCUCCUCUGGGAUUAUUGUUAAUCCACUGGUACUGUCAACAUCACCGGCUGAGGCUGAGGAAUUUCCCAACAGCAUGCUGUGCAUUCAAGACGAACUGGGUCAGCUGAGUAACAUUGCUGUGGGCUCGAGCCUUUCGAUAGGGGGCAUAAAGGACCAGGGGAUUAAACAUGAGGCUGGAUACGAUCCCCCUGGGGAUUCCAAGAGUGAGAGUUCGGAGGACACCAGCCAGAAUGGACAGAGCUCUGGAACCAUGGAGACCCAGAAGCCGAGCUGGAUGGAGGGCAUCCUGGGGUGCAUGAAACCAGUGUGGACGCUCAUCUCGAAGCCGGUCGUCAGUGAAAAAAUGAAAGGAAGUCCAGAUGAUCACUGGGAGAUCCUCUUCGAGACAAUAAGCGACCUUGAGUGGCUGGGCUCGGGUGCGCAGGGCGCAGUGUUCCGAGGCCUCCUCAACAAAGAAAUAGUAGCCGUAAAAAAGGUACGCGAACCUCGUGAAACCGACAUACGUCAUCUGCGUAAACUCAAUCAUCCGAACGUCGUUAAAUUCCGUGGAGUUUGCACUCAGGCCCCCUGCUACUGCAUAGUAAUGGAGUACUGUCCCUAUGGGCCUCUUUACGACCUCCUGCGAGGAGGAGAAAAGGUCCCCCCACCUCGUCUCGUCUCGUGGUCUAAACAAAUAGCAGCGGGAAUGGCCUACCUGCACGCACACAAGAUAAUCCACCGAGAUUUAAAAAGCCCCAACGUGUUGAUCGGUCAGGGUGAGGUAGUGAAAAUAUCAGACUUCGGUACGAGCCGUGAGUGGAAUGAAAUCAGCACGAGAAUGAGUUUCGCAGGGACUGUAGCCUGGAUGGCACCAGAGAUAAUUCGAAAUGAGCCAUGCUCCGAGAAAGUAGACAUUUGGUCCUACGGAGUGGUCUUAUGGGAGCUCUUGAGCGGUGAAGUACCUUACAAAGAUGUGGACUCAUCAGCCAUCAUCUGGGGGGUUGGCAACAACUCCCUGCACCUUCCAAUCCCAGCGAGCUGCCCCGAGGGCUAUAAACUCUUGGUGCAACAAUGCUGGGCAGCAAAACCCAGGAAUCGACCCUCAUUCAAACACAUCGAGGUUCACCUUCAGAUAGCAGCUGUCGAGGUCCUCUGUACCAAGUCCGAGGAGUACUUCAAGACCCAGCAGACAUGGAAGGAGGAGAUCAGAGUCCACAUGAAGCAGAUGCAGACUAACAGCUCCAAUGGCUCCAGGUACGAGGCUGACUUGAUCAGGCAGAGGGAGAGUGAACUGCGACAUGCCCAGGACAUCAGAGAGCACUACGAGCGUAAACUCGAGGUCACCAACAACCUUUACCUGGAACUGAGUGCGUUUUACCUUCAGAUGGAGCAACGAGAACGUGAUAUAACGAAGAGAGAACAGCAGUCUGGUGGCAAACAGUACAGAAAACGUCUCGUGCAUCCUCUCCUGCCGUUCAAGGAGAGAUUACCCAAGAGGAGGAACAAUCUGGUUCAGUCGAGCUCAACGACACCGACUACACCUCCAUCUCCUCAGGAUACACCCACAAGUCCCAUGAAGGCAACCCUCUGCACCCAGUUGAAUAAUUCUAAUCAGCCUGAGACUGUUGUACUUCCCAGUGCUAAUUCAAACUCUAGCUUUAAACAGAAGAAGUACAGGCACAGGAGGGUGGGCUCGGGGGGGAUAGCCUCGGCCAGUCCCAGGUCGAGUCCACACAGGGAGAGGAAGAGUGGGGAAUUGAGUCUCAAGUACGUGGAUCAUCAGACCCAGACUGACAUCACGAGCAUCAGCGAGUCCAUCGAGAGUCUUGGCAUUUGUUGUCACUCGAAGGGAGUGCAGUACUCACCCCCCAGGUCCCUCCCCAAAUCCGUUAAUGGCAAUUGUUUGGAUGUUGUUGAUAAGGGAAUGUUCGAGGGCAUGUGCUCUAGCCCUGAGGGAUGUUCUAUUGAGAAUAGAUCUAAUGGGAACGAGAGGAUCAAAGACAGCGAUGAUGAGCAUCUUGAGACACUGGAGAGGAAAGUCUCGGAGAUUAUUAAUGCUAAUAGACUCCUGUCACCUGUGGACAAUGGCAACUGCGACGACGUCACCAUGCAUGGCUUACAUUAUGGUAUGGGUAGGAAUGGGGCGGUUGGCGGGACCAGUGAUGAGGCCGAGCAGGAGGCAGCUUGUGGGGAUGCUGAGGACGAGAAUGAUAAUGGGAUUGAUAGGCUUGGGGAGAAUGAUAAUGACGAGUUUGAUAUCGAUUCUGAGGACGAUGGGGGAGAGGAGGGGUGGUCUGAUGAGGAUGGAGAUGCAUCGGUCAGAUAUGGGUUUAAUUAUUCACUUAGAAGACGAAGUGCAACAAGAAGACCAAUAGGGCCGGGCUGCAGGUUAAGAAGAAUAAAGCAAAAUCCAUUGAGCAGUAUCGAUCGUGGUCUAGUGUCAGACGAGGAAAAUACAUCUGAAUACUCCCACCCGCCUUCCAGCCAUUCCUCGACGCUUGAGAGUAAUCCAGACGUCCAGCGUGCUUACCGUCGAGCCACUCGAAAUGCCAAUAAAAUGUCUGAAGCCCCUUACAUGUACGUUAAACGAUCAGGUGAUCGAGAAAUAGCUGUAAGCCCUUAAACACUAGUUAUUAUGUAAUGAAUGUUAUUACUUGAGAAAUUCCGGUAGCUGGACUAUAUUUUCAAAGAUCCAGUUCAUGAUGGGGUGAAGGAGAUAUGAGAUUAGAUGAAGAGACAUUGUCUUUCUGUACUUUAAAAUGAAAGUAUUAAGUUGUACAUAGGUAUUGGGUUAAUUUCUAUUUUGUACAUAAUGUUUUUCUCUUUGGUACAAGUGUAGCAUUGUGUUCGAGGUUUACGUGUAGUUCGGUGAUAGACGGGAGAUGGUUUUUCAUUGGCAUUGAGGCGUAUAAACAAUCAUCUGGGAUUAUAAAUCUUGAUAGUCUGAUGAAAAUUGAAAUCCAGAUAUUGUUUAUAAAUCCUCGUGCUAAAUGUCUCCGAUAUGAAAUAAGUACAAUUAUGUGUGAAUGACUGAAUGUCUUUUUAUUUGUUUUUCUCUCGUAAAGAAUGCAUGACUGUGAGGAUGAUGUUGACUCAAAUUUUUCCUCGAGUGUUUGCUCAUUAUUUCUUUUUGUACAAAACAAGAAAAAAGAAAUUAAAAGUAAUCUAUUCAAUUGCGACUACGACAAGAGUGUACAUAAAUUAUGAAGUUUUUUUCCUUGGAUCUCAUGAAUUAAUAACCUGGCAAAGGAUUCUGGGGAAUUUAUAGGGGUCCUUUCGCUCAGGGGAAAGUAACAAUGGAGGAAUGAUUAUGGAAGGAUCGUGCAAUUAUGGUUACUCAUUUCAAAAGGAAUAGUAUUUAUAUAUACACGCGUGCCGCCCAAAAUUUAUGAUGUAGGAUUAAAUUAUUAGAGACGAAAUAACGGACGAAUCAGUAUCUAUGCAAUAAUUGUAAAAUUUUGUAGAAUUGUAUUGAACAAUUGGCGAAAUGAUAGCUUUAAAAAAACUUCAGAUCUAAAGAUUUUUGAUUUUCAGGAAAAUGUUAGCAGCUGUGAGAAUUAAUCUCUCAAAUCCAGUGUAUUUAGAUUAUUGAAUUAUACUAUUGACUAUUUUAUUCUGAUGCACUAGAGUGCCUUAAAUUCCAAAAUAACCAACUUCUAAAUGAAAAGUUUAACGAAUUAUUGUACCUGCGGCAGAGUCAACAAAUUAUUGCCUUAGAAAUUUAUAUCUUUCGUAUGAUGUACAAUUUUGACAAUACAAUAAAUUCCCUUGAUAUUGUAACAACUGCACGACAGCCGAGAGAAUGAACUCUGUACGAACAAGAUUGAAAAAUUGGCAGCUAAAUUUCCACUGGUUCGUCUUGGAAAUUCUUUUUUUUUUCAUUGUUUCAUGUAGCAGUACGAAUAAUUUAAGAGUAAUGUAUUUGAAUAAUUUAGCUCUAAUAGUAAAGUUUCUUUACUCCUGA